CAAACACACGAUCGACGCUGCCACGUCAAGUAAGACUGGGCAAGUGUGAAUGAAGUGGCAGUUUCGGCAUUUUGUAGAAAUUUGUCUUCCGUAUUAAGUUAGUAGUUGUGUUUGAGCCAUCGGAAAUUGAAGAUGCGCGCUUUGUUGUUAACUGUAGCGAUAGCCCUACUGGGCGUUGCGCUCGCCGACGAUAUUCCCACCGAAGAUAAUGUGCUUGUACUUAGUAAACCAAUUUUCGAUGAUGUUAUUUCUUCAAACGACUACGUUUUAGUUGAAUUCUAUGCGCCAUGGUGCGGCCACUGCAAAUCCCUUGCGCCGGAGUAUGCCAAAGCUGCCACGAAGCUGCUGGCGGAAGAGUCUCCUAUCAAGCUGGCCAAGGUGGACGCUACCCAGGAGCAAGAUCUUGCAGAGUUCUACAAAGUCAAGGGAUACCCUACUCUCAUUUUCUUCAAGAAAGGAAGCACUGUUGAUUAUUCUGGUGGCCGUCAAGCUGACGACAUCGUCGCAUGGCUGAAGAAGAAGACUGGCCCGCCAGCUAUCGAAGUUACAUCAGCCGAGCAGGCCAAGCAACUCACCUCGGAGAACCCAGUUGCAGUAUUUGGUUUCUUCCCCGACCAAACCUCGGACAGAGCUGUAUCGUUCCUGAACACCGCCAGCUCUGUUGAUGACCAACUGUUUGCCAUUGUCACUGAUGAGAAAGUCGCAGCAGAGCUCGGAGCUCAACCUGAUGAUGUUGUGCUGUUUAAGAACUUUGAAGACCCGAAAGUCAAAUACGAAGCGGCGGAGUUCUCAGAGGAGCUGCUGAAGACCUGGGUGUUUGUGCAGAGCAUGCCGACCAUUGUCGAGUUCUCGCACGAGACCGCCUCCAAGAUCUUCGGUGGACAGAUCAAAUACCACCUGCUGUUGUUCCUGUCCAAGAAAAAUGGCGAUUUCGAGAAGUACCUCGACGAACUGAAGCCCGUCGCCAAGAACUACCGCGACAAGAUCAUGUCCGUGGCCAUCGACACCGAUGAAGAUGACCACCAGAGAAUCCUGGAGUUCUUCGGCAUGAAGAAGGAGGAGGUCCCAUCGGCUCGCCUCAUCGCGCUGGAGCAGGACAUGGCCAAGUACAAGCCCGCCAGCGACGAGCUCAACGCCAACACUGUCGAGGAAUUCGUGCAAUCGUUCUUCGCUGGCACUCUGAAGCAGCACCUGCUCAGCGAGACCCUGCCCGAGGACUGGGCAGCCAAGCCGGUGAAGGUGCUGGUCGCUACCAACUUCGAUGAGGUCGUGUUUGACAGCAACAAGAAGGUGCUGGUCGAGUUCUAUGCUCCUUGGUGCGGCCACUGCAAGCAGCUGGUGCCCAUGUACGAGAAGCUGGGCGAACACUUCGAGAAGGAUGAUGAUGUGGUGAUAGCCAAGAUCGACGCCACCGCCAACGAGCUGGAGCACACCAAGGUCACCUCCUUCCCCACCAUCAAGCUCUACACCAAGGACAACCAGGUUCGCGAGUACAACGGAGAGAGGACUCUGGCGGCGCUCACCAAGUUUGUGGAGACUGACGGAGAAGGUGCCGAGCCGGUGCCCUCUGUGAGCGAAGAAGAGGAGGACGACGAAGCGGCGCCGAGGGACGAGUUAUAAGCGCCAACUCGUCACAUUUCCAUAAUAUAGUCUGUGUAGAAUUAAUUACUGUUAAGGACCACACACACUCCACGUCUCAUAGCACACAAUGCCCCUCCCAAAUAGCUGCUAUUUGUAUACUUAUUGACUUGAGUCUAAAAUUAGUUAAAAAAUAUUUCAUUUCAAAAUUUUUUGGAAGAAUUUAAUGUCCUUUCAGGUUACUUGUACUUACUGUUUUUGGCUAGUGGGAGGUUUCGGUCGUGGCUAGUUACCUUACCGGCAAAGUCGUACCUCCAAGCGAUUUAGUGUUCUUGUACGAUGUCGUGUAGAAACCGAAAGGGGUGCGGAUUUUAAUCCUCCUCCUUACAAGUUAGCCUGCUUCGAUCUUAGAUUGCAUCAUCACUUACCAUCAGGUGAGAUUGUAGUCAAGGGCUAACUUGUAAAGAAUGAAAAACUGAUCUGAAUCUGAAGUGAGUUUGUUAUACAGCUAUUUGGUUGGGGUGUAAAGUUUAAUAUUUUUUUAUACUUCCAUGAUGUGUGGUAGCUUACCUUUACUAUAAUCUAAUCCAGUGCAUUUCGUAUGCUCGACUGUUGACUUUAUGAUUAUUAUUUUUUUUAUAUAUUUUUACUUACUGUGUUGAGGUUGUAUUCGUAUGUGUUAUGAUGUUAAAACAUUAACUAAAUUGAGAAUAUACUAGGGAUUAGGAGGUUUUACUUUCUUAUGACUAAUAUUUAAUUAAAUAACAGUCAUGUUAGUGGGAUAAAUUUAUCUCUACUUCAUGAAAGAUGAAUUAAUUUGUUAUUCUCUGCCAUUGUAUUUUCCUUUCUGACUUUUUUUUAUUAAGCUUUACGUAAUAAAUCCGUGUAAUUUAAACCCACUAAGUAAUAAGAUCUCUCUAAAUCUAUUUGAUAUUUCUGCGGAAUACUCUGUCAUGUUGUAUUGUCCAUUUUCGAAUUCCGUUAUAAAUCCAUUCUGAAUUUAAUUUUAUUUAAUAUAUUAUUAAGAGAGCAUAAUUUAUUUCGUAUAAUAAAUAUAACAGCAGCAUAACUAGAUUAUGUACAAUGUUUAAGUGUAUUUAUAAUUUCUGUACCAUAAUGGCUGAUUUUUUUAUUGAUUUACAUUCCUUAGGAUUUAUGAUUUUUAUAUCUUAAAAUCGAACAAGUCUAGUUUGAGUUAGUAUGGAAUAAUAUGAAAAAUAAUAUUUUUUUACGUUUUUAUUGUGUACCCUAAUAUUACAUAUUUUUCAUCACAAAACAAUAUAAUGUAUUUAUAAGAAGAAAUAAUAUCAGUUUUGUUAUUGUACAUUUUUCUGAUUUUUGUUUUUUUUUUUGUUAAAAUAUGAAUUGGAAAGUGUGAAAGGUGCUUUAUAAAAUUGGAAUCUUCGUAUUUCGUGACGCCUAAAUAAUAUUUGAUAUAUCUGUAUUUUCUACUACGAGUGUAAAUAUUCUCAUGGAAUCGUAUUUGCCAAAUCCACGUUAUAUAUCUGUUGUGGAUACAGAAAUUGAUAAAUAAAUAUAUAUAUAAAGAUAUAGAAA